AAUCCCGAGCGCUGCUGCGUGGCGGGACGGAAACACGAACAAACCACGCUCGGGCGUAUAAAGGUGGAAAAAAGGGAGGAAAACACCCCAAACCCCAAGAACCGCACCAAACAGCAGCCCGGGGAGAGCUGCCUCCGGGGCGCAGUGUCCGGAUUCGCAUCCAGCCCCUGAACUGGCUCAUGUCUGAGCCUGAAGCGGCUGCUUUAUUACCCAGACCCCCGGGAGGCUCCGCGACAGAGGGUCGGGAGCUGCUUGGGGCGCAGCGCGGGUCCCCCCGCCAUGGGGCCGGGCGAGCGGCUCCGCGCUACGAGGCCUUCUGGCCCUGCGGAGCCGCCGUCUCGCAUGAAGAGCCCGGCCGUGGUGGGAGUCCUGUGCACCGACUCGCAGGGGCUCAACCUGGGCUGCAGAGGAACCCUGUCGGAUGAGCACGCUGGUGUCAUCUCUGUGCUUGCCCAGCAGGCAGCCAAGCUCACCUCUGACCCAACCGAUACCCCCGUGGUGUGCCUGGAGUCGGACAGCGGGAACAUCAUGAUCCAGAAGCACGACAGCAUCACUGUCGCAGUCCAUAAGCUGGCAUCCUGACCACCAGGAACCUGUGCAGCGCUUCACUCCCACCCCUGGCCCAGCUCCUCCUCACUGGACAACCACCCUCCUCUGCUGCUCCAGCCCAGAACACGCUUGUAGUACCAAAACCUGGGCUGAAGGCUCUCCCUCUCCACUUACCAGCUCCUUCUGCAGCUCUCGGGGUCUCUAACUCACAUUUUAGCACUUGUGCUGCUGAGGAUGGAACGUGGGUCACUCACCAAGCCUGUGUAAUGAUCAGAUACUACAAGGUGUAUUUGUGUGUGUGGCCUUAGUUGUUGGAGAAAUCAAUAAAUGACCUGCAAAAACA